AUGUCGGAAGAUAAUAAAGGAGUAUUUAAUCUCGACGAUGAUACAGAACCAGUCGACUUAAAUCAUCAUGAACUAAAUGGUGAUACUGACAAUGAUAAUACAACAAAUACUCUGAAUAAUGAUUGGAUUGAUGAAUUACGUGCAGCCAUUGAAAAAGGAUGUGAUUUGGGAACGAUUCGUAGUAUAGGCAAAUGCCGUCCGCUUAAGGGUGAUCUAAGAUUACGUGUUUGGAAAACAUGUCUUGAUAUUAAUGAAUCUAAUACUGAAUAUGAUUACAGUGAUGGAGAUAUCGUUGAUUUACCGGAACAAAAUAUAAUACGUGAUGAUAUUUCACGUUUAGCAAAUACAUUACAAAUAAAUCAAAAUAUGAUAACAUUGAAAACGACUGAUAUUGAAGCAGUUAUUAUGUAUUACUGCAAAACAUUUAAUGAAACCUAUGAGAAAGGAAAUGGAUGGAUUGAAAUAUUUAAACCGCUUAUUACUCUUGAAUAUAAAAAUCGUGCUGAACUCUAUGCAUUGUUUGCCAGUAUUCGUAAUCGCUAUGUACCUCGCGAUUGUGAAGCGGAUGGAAUGCCGUAUCAUUUGUUUCGAUUACUAUUACUCUAUCAUGAUCCGGAAUUGUGUAGUUUUCUUGAUACAAGGAAAAUUACACCGGAUUUAUAUGCACACAUUUGGAUUCGAAGUCUAUAUGCUGGAUCAUGUCAAUUGAAUAUAACGCUACCUCUUUGGGAUGGAUAUUUUCAACAUGCCGAUCAAUUUUUUGCGUUCUUCCUUGCUCUUGUUUUACUUAUGUUUGCUAAGGAGCAACUGCUAACAAUGGCUGGAAAAGAAAAAAACGAAAUAAUUAGCUAUCUAUCCAAAGCACCGUCAAAUUUGAGUAUGGAUGAUUUAGAUGAUUUCUGCUCAUUAGCUAAUCACUAUGCAUCAAAUACACCACAAUCAUUCCGCAAAGAAUUCUAUUCAUGUUUAUUCAGCGAAACAGAUCGAUCAUUUUCUCAAAAAGCUUAUUCCAUUUAUCAAGCAUUGUGUUUACCUGUUUCAGUUCAGGAGUUGCUUCAAGCUAAUCAAUUAGGAGGAACGGCAGGUGUCAGAUAUUUUAUUAUUGAUUGUCGACCAGCUGAACAAUACAACUCCAAACAUCUUUAUACAGCAUUUCAUUUAGAUGCAAAUCUUUUACUCGAAGAUCCAAAAGAAUUUGCCGGAACUGUCGAUGCUCUUUUAGCUGCACAAAGACAUGCUAUUGACGCUGGUUCAGCAGCAGGUGGUGAACAUUUAUGUUUUAUUGGCUCAGGCCACGAAGAAGAAGAUAAAUAUGUACGAAUGGUUGUAGCCUAUUUUCUUCGACGAAAUACAAAAUAUGUUAGUAUCGCUUCCGGUGGUUAUGAAAUUCUUGCUAAAGAAAUUGAAGACCCAUCAAUGUUAAUUCAACCACAACAACAUAGAAUAUCUACAGUAGUACAUGAUUCUAUGACUAUGGGAUCAGCACUUAAAAAUAAUAUUGCAGAAAAAUUCCCUGCAAUCAAUACACAGACAGUUUCAUUGAUCAAUAUGAUUUCAAGUGCAGUUAAAACAAAAUCUAUGGAAGUCAAAGAUAAAGUUAAAGAUUAUAUAAAUCACACAUCAUCAAAUGAUUCAUCUCAUUCAAUGCCGAAACAUGUUAGCCAACAAGAUAAAGUCACUAAACUUUAUCGACAAAAUCAAACAUCAGUAUUUUCACUUGACGAAGACGAUGAAGAUGAUCAAGCAACAUCAACUCAACAACGUGAUACACCUGAACUAGUUGAUAUAGAAUCAUGGUUCCUUCGAACUGAUCUAUUGUACAAAUAUGAAUGUGAACAUUUCGAUGAAAAUGAAAAAGCUCAUUCAAGCCUUUUAUUAGUAUCGGCGACACAUCUAUAUAUAUUACGGAAAUUACCCGAUCAUAAAACAAUGGCUAAUCUUGUUUCGCGUCGUCCAUUAAAUAUAGUCUCAAAAAUAACAAGUAAAAAACAUGCCCCAGAGAUCAUCACAUUUCGAUACGCAGCAAAUCACAGUGAAGAAGAGGAAUCAGAAAAAGCUAUAAAAUUAAAUUCAAAAAAUACUAAAACAAAAACUUCAAUUGAUUGUGAUAGAGUCUAUUUACCUGAUGCUGGUGAUGCUGUAAAAAAUAUUAAAUUAUUAAUAAUGAAAGCAUUAAAUAUGUAUGAAACUGGAAAUGACACUUAA